UUCUUUGCUGCAUUGUUUAUAAAAUUUGGAAAAAAAAAAAAAAAUAGUACUUGGGAUGACAAGAAUUCGAAACAAAUCUGACAGAAUAAAUUUUCAGAAAACCCUUAAAAAUAACAAAAAAUGGAAUGGAAUGUUAGGGUUCUACCCUUAUCCGUCAAACACUCGACAAACAACCCCAGCAGAAUAAUGGUAUCUUGCACCAGUUUCGCUAGUUGAAAGUUCGGAUUCAGGAGCUAUGGUUUCUCCCCAAGUUGUGGGUGAGGCGUUUGUUCAUCGGUAUUAUGAUAUACUGCGCCUCUCUCUCCCGAAAUCGUCUACAGGUUUUACCAGGAUAGCAGCAAACUGGGCCGCCCCGAAGAAGACGGAUCUAUGAGCUGCACCACCACUCUGAAAGCAAUCAAUGACAAGAUACUCUCCCUUCACUGUGACGGCUUAAGAGUUGAAGUGAAGUCUAUUGACGCCCAGGAUUCAUUCUAUGGAGGAGUGUCUGUUCUUGUCACUGGAUACCUCAUUGGGAAGAACAAUCAGGCCCGAAGCUUCUCACAGACUUUUUUUCUGGCACCCCAACAGAGAUGGUACUUUGUUUUGAAUGACAUGCUUCGAUAUGUGGAACCAAAUGGCAUCCCAGCAGAUCAGAAUAGAGAUGUGCCUUUAGUUAUAAACCAAGUACCAGAUGACAUGCUUCCAUGUGUAGAAACAGUCCAUCAACGUGACACACCAGCAGAGGAGGAACCAAAUGCAGAAGUGGACACAGGGGAGGAGGCCCUAGGGGGCUGGGGCCCUAUGCUCAAAAAAAUAAAAAACAAUUAGGCUCAAAUUUAUUUCUUUAUAACAUGUAUGAGUAGGUUGAUUCUUCAACCUCACAUUAAUAACUUUUCAAGUGAAUUUUUUUAGUUGUUAUUCGGGUGGUUUUUUUGAUACAAAUUUAUGAGCAUGUUAUCAAUUGAGUGUUUG